GUCAAAACACCUCUAAUCAAAAUAUAAACACUAGCAUAAACUUUGUACAAAUUCAAUUUGAAAUCCAAUGACAACAUGUCCCGCAAGAAAUGGACAUCGCUAGAUAAGCCGCCACUUUCGGAACCUGUCUUGGAGGUAAUACAAGACAUGAAUUUCGAAUUAAUGACUCCAGUGCAGACGGCGACCAUUCCUUUGCUAUUGGCCCGCAAGGAUGUCUCAGCGGAAGCCGUUACAGGCUCCGGCAAGACAUUGGCAUUCAUUGUCCCGCUUUUGGAAAUUCUACAACGGCGUCACAGAGAAACGCCUUGGUUGCCCAAAGAGAUUGGAGCAAUUGUAAUAUCCCCCACGCGAGAACUGGCUAUACAAAUAUCCGAAGUUUUGGAAACCUUUCUGCAACACCAAAAACUUUCGUUUUUAAAACAAAAAUUGGUUGUAGGUGGUAAUAGCAUAGAAGAUGAUAUCAAAACGUUAAUAUCAGAUGGCCCCCACAUACUGGUUUGCACUCCUGGACGUUUGGAAGAUUUGUUUCAACGCAAGGGCAAUUUAAAUUUGGCAGCCAGAGUUAAAAGCUUGGAAUUUUUGGUUCUCGAUGAAGCUGAUCGUUUAUUGGACCUUGGUUUCAAAGCUACUAUCAACAACAUUUUAGCCUAUUUACCACGACAAAGGCGAACAGGCCUUUUCUCUGCUACCCAAACCACCGAAGUUACUGAUCUCAUAAGAGCUGGUCUUCGCAAUCCCGUCUUAGUGGCGGUUAAAGAAAAAUCAACGAUAAAUACUCCCAUUCGAUUACAAAAUUUCUACAAGAUACUCGAGGCCGAUGAGAAGUUUAUAGCUUUGUUACAUUUUCUAAAAUCUCCCAAAGCCAACAACUGCAAGGUUAUGGUUUUCUUCCCCACUUGUGCCUGUGUAGAAUAUUGGUCAGAGGUGAUGCCUCAAUUCCUUAAGCAGCGGGUUGUACUUGGUAUACACGGGAAGAUGAAGAAUAAACGAAAAAACAUCAUAGAAAGGUUUCGAAAAGAAGACAAAGCUGUCCUUUUGUGUACAGAUGUUCUGGCACGUGGGUUAGAUGUUCCCGAAAUCGAUUGGGUUGUGCAAUGGGACCCUCCCUCGAAUGCAGCCAGUUUUGUGCAUCGAGUUGGCAGAACCGCGCGCCAAGAGAACGAAGGCAACGCCUUGGUAUUUUUAUUGCCCAAUGAAGAUGCCUACAUUACGUUCCUUAAAAUAAAUCAAAAAGUUGAACUUAGCCCUUUGGAUGAUGGCGACUGCAGUAGAAAUGAGUUAAAGCCAACUUUAAACAAAUUGCAUAAAUUGCAGGCAGCAGACAAAGGUAUUUACGACAAAGCGGUCCGUGCUUUUGUCUCUCAUAUACAAGCUUACAGUAAACACGAAUGCAAUGCCAUAUUACGUUUAAAAGAUAUGGAUCUGGGCAAAGCCGCGACUGGCUAUGGCUUGCUGCAAAUGCCUCGCAUGCCUGAAUUGAAGACACUCAAGGCCGAUAAUUUCAUUGGGCCUACUUUCGAUGUGGACAUUUCGAAAUUAACAUAUAAAAAUAUUCAGAAGGAACAGGCACGUUUGGAAAAGAUAAAAACAUACGAGGAAACUGGCCAAUGGCCUGGCAAAAAGAAACACAAAAAGGCUACUGAAUCUUGGGAGCAGACUAAAAAGGCAAAAAUGGACUCGAAGUCCAAAAAGGAGCUAAGAAAGGCAAAGAAACAACGCAAAAAAGCCGACGAAGCUGCCAAUGGACCAAAGGCGAAAAAACGAAAAUCCCAAUAUACUCAAGAAGAUUUAGACGAAUUAGCCAAUGACAUUCGACUUUUUAAAAAACUGAAGAAAAAUAAAAUAUCUGAAGAAGAUUUUAAUAAAGAAAUGGGAAUAGAUGAUGAGUGAAGAAUACAUAUUUGAAUACUGUUAGAUUAUUUAUAAAAUAAUUUCUUUAUUUGUAAAAUUAAGUUGUAAGUAAAAAAUAGAAAUAAAGAACUAUCGUUCACAUUUGUUUAAA